AUCGUUGGGAGCCGUGCCCUUGUUGUUUCGAAGGCCGGGGUAAUGUUCUCGAGAAACAAAUAGAAAGUUAAGUGCUCACGAAAAGCUGACCUCACUGGAUAAAAACACAAGAAGCAGCUAAAAGAUUUAAUGGCUCACGACGCCAAUCCACUUUCUUCUGCUCUGAUCUGCUCAUUGGAAGCUAAGACGAACGUCCCAACGCUCCUUCCGAUGGAUUCAGCGGCAGCUCAGCGUCGCCUUAAAGCAAUCAACCGCCACCUCGCCACCGGCGUCGACUCCGAGUCCCCUCUCCGGCCCAAUCCCACCACCGCCGGCGAGUUCUUUUCCGAGCAUGGGUACAGUGUGGUGCUUCCAGAGAAAUUAGACACAGGAAAGUGGAAUGUAUACAGAUCUGCACGCUCCCCAAUGAAGCUUGUUAGUAGAUUCCCCGAUCAUCCUGAAAUUGGUACACUGCAUGAUAAUUUUGUGCAUUCAGUUGAAACUUUCCGAGAUUACAAAUAUUUGGGCACACGAAUUCGCGUUGAUGGAACAGUUGGAGAUUACAAGUGGAUGACAUACGGAGAAGCAGGUACUGCUCGGUCAGGAAUAGGUUCUGGCCUAAUUUAUAAUGGAAUACCAAAGGGAUCUUCAAUUGGAUUGUAUUUUAUUAACAGACCUGAGUGGCUCAUUGUUGAUCAUGCCUGCUCUGCGUAUUCGUAUAUAUCAGUUCCUUUGUAUGACACUCUAGGUCCAGAUGCUGUCAAGUACAUUGUAAAUCAUGCUGUUAUGCAAGUUAUCUUUUGUGUGCCUCAAACAUUGAAUAGUUUAUUGAGCUUCUUGGCGGAUAUUCCAACCGUACGCCUGAUUGUGGUUGUUGGGGGGAUGGAUGAUCAAAUGCCAUCUCUUCCGUCAUCGGCUGGAGUGAAGGUUGUAACAUAUUCAAAAUUGCUGUCUCAGGGCUCUAGUAGUCUUCAGCCUUUUUUCCCUCCAAAACCAGAGGAUGUUGCAACAAUAUGCUACACAAGUGGUACAACAGGCACUCCAAAGGGAGCUGUAUUGACUCAUGGAAACUUGAUUGCAAAUGUUGCUGGGACCACGAUUGCUAUCAAAUUCUACCCGUCCGACAUCUACAUAUCAUAUCUUCCUUUGGCACACAUUUAUGAGCGGGUUAACCAGGUCAUGACGGCAUACUUUGGAGUUGCUGUUGGAUUCUACCAAGGGGAUAAUUUAAAAUUAAUGGACGAUAUGGCAGCUCUAAGACCUACCAUCUUCAGCAGUGUUCCUAGGCUGUAUAACAGAAUAUAUGCGGGUAUUACAAAUGCGGUCAAGACAUCCGGUGUACUGAGGGAGAGACUAUUUAAUGCUGCUUACAAUGCCAAGAAGCAGGCACUAUUAAGUGGAAAAAAUCCAUCCCCCAUGUGGGAUAGAUUGGUAUUCAAUAAGAUAAAGGCUAAGCUAGGAGGACGAGUUCGUUUUAUGACAUCAGGUGCUUCACCCUUGUCACCUGAUGUAAUGCAGUUUUUGAAGAUAUGCUUUAGUGGUGAAGUGGCUGAAGGGUAUGGAAUGACUGAGACUUCUUGUGUUAUUAGUGCUAUGGAUGGGGAUGACAAAGUAUGUGGGCAUGUUGGCUCUCCUAAUCCAGCUUGUGAAAUAAAGCUUGUUGAUGUUCCAGAAAUGAACUAUACAUCUGAUGAUCAACCAUAUCCUCGUGGUGAAAUCUGUGUGAGGGGUCCUAUUAUAUUCCAAGGAUAUCACAAAGAUGAAGUGCAGACGAGGGAAGUGGUCGACGAAGAUGGAUGGCUUCAUACUGGAGACAUUGGGUUGUGGUUACCUGGAGGUCGUCUGAAAAUUAUUGAUAGGAAGAAGAACAUUUUCAAGUUGGCACAGGGAGAGUAUAUAGCUCCAGAGAAAGUCGAGAAUGUCUAUGCCAAGUGCAAGUUUAUUGCCCAGUGCUUUGUUUAUGGCGACAGCUUUAAUUCUUCUUUGGUAGCGAUUGUCGCAGUCGACCCGGAUGCAUUGAAAGCAUGGGCUGAUUCUGAAGGCAUUAAGUUUGAAGAUGUAGGGAAACUAUGCAAUGACCCAAGAGCAAGAGCAGCUGUAUUGGCCGAUAUGGAUGCUGCUGGCAGGGAAGCUCAGUUGAGAGGUUUCGAAUUUGUAAAAGCCGUGACACUGGUGCUUGAACCGUUCACAUUGGAGAAUGGAUUGCUCACUCCGACAUUUAAGAUCAAGACCUCAAGCAAAGGAGUACUAUGCAAAAGCAAUAUCGGCCAUGUAUUCAGAGCUCGUCGCUUCUGAAUCCUCCCCUCGAUAGCUUUAAGUGAUGCAAUGAGGAGCAGCCAAAUUGAUGCUCUCAACCAGCCACGGAAAAACCGAAAAAAAAAAGGAAAAAGGGAGUAGCAUGCUGCUCACUGUGUAAUAGAAUUAAAAAUGUAGUCAAUACUGUUACCAGUAUUACCCAAAUUAUAUAUAUAUAAUUUUAUAUAUGUAUUUGUCAAUAAGGUAUAAGCAUUGACAGAUAAAAUAAAAUUAAGAUUUUGUAAAAGAAGUGAUCAUACUAAUUGAAAUUAAUCGCAAUGUUUGACAACAA